UCCAAAAAAUGAGUCCUCUAACACUUUCUCUAAAUUCUCUUGUUGCAACUCUAGCAAUUUUGGCAUCUACAACUAGUCUUAUAACCACAAAUAACCCUUCAAUAUUCCUCAAUUACCUUACCAAAUUGAUUGUCACCACAUCCUCAUCAACCACACUCGUUGAGCCUAAAAGUUAUCAUCGUCACAAUCAUCACCGACGACACCCUGAUAAGGGUAAAGUAGUAUCUGUUUGCGACGAUUUUCCGUUUGACAUACCUCCUCCGGACACUAAUACUACCUCUUAUUUAUGCGUCGAUCGAAAUGGUUGCUGCAAUUUCACAACAGUUCAAGCAGCUGUUGAUGUUGUUGCCAAUUUAAGCAUGAAAAGGACCAUAAUUUGGAUUAACUCUGGCAUUUACUACGAGAAAGUUAUGGUUCCAAGAACCAAACAGAACAUAACAUUCCAAGGACAAGGCUACACAACCACUGCAAUCGCAUGGAAUGACACUGCCAAUUCUGCUGGUGGAACAUUUUAUAGCGGUUCGGUUCAAGUUUUCGCCAACAACUUUGUUGCCAAGAACAUAAGCUUCAUGAAUGUAGCACCAAUUCCAAGCCCAGGUGAUGUUGGUGCGCAAGCAGUGGCCAUUAGAAUAUCUGGAGACCAGUCUGCUUUUCUAGGUUGUGGGUUCUUUGGAGCCCAAGACACACUUCAUGAUGAUAAGGGUCGCCAUUACUUCAAGGAUUGUUAUAUACAGGGUUCCAUUGAUUUCAUCUUUGGCAAUGCAAGGUCAUUCUAUGAGAAUUGCCAAUUGAUUUCCAUGGCGAAACCGGUAGAAAAGGGCAUAAAUGGAGCUUUGACAGCACAAGGAAGAGCUUCCAAUGAUGAGAACUCUGGGUUUGCGUUCGUGAACUGCAUCGUCGGAGGGAAUGGGAGGGUAUGGCUAGGUAGAGCAUGGAGGCCAUUUUCGCGUGUCGUUUUUGCGUAUACAAGCAUGACUGAUAUUAUAGCUCCUGAGGGUUGGAAUGACUUCAAUGAUCCUGCAAGAGACCAGAGUAUUUUUUAUGGAGAGUACAAUUGUACAGGUGCAGGAGCCAAUAUGACAAUGAGAGCCUCCUAUGUUCAGAGACUUAAUGAUACACAAGCUUCUCCUUUCCUUAACAUGUCCUUCAUUGAUGGAGAUCAAUGGUUAUUCAAUGCAAUGUGACAUUAAUCAAAAUAUACGUAUAUUUAUUUAUUCUUCAUUCGAUUAAUACAUGUCAAUAAUAACUUUUUAAUUUGGCCUAAAACAAAAAAUACCCUUCUAGACAUUUG